AUGGUUGAAUUAUGCAUGAAAUGAAAGAGAAAAGAAAAGAAAAAAGAAGAAGAAGAAUAAUUUUGUGAAAUUAAUAGCAAUGCAGAGAGCUGGGAUGAGUCAUAAAUCAGCACCAUCACAGGAUCCAAGUUGUCAGAAUUUUAUAACUUAUACAGUCAGAAAUGGACCUGGAAAAGUUGUGGGACUUGUCUGUACUUUUAUUCUAAGUCAUCUUUUACAUCAUCUUCUUAGACCUUUGUCUCAACCUCGCAUUGCUUCUGAUAUUCUUAUAGGAUUGCUAAUUGGAAAUAUACCAUGGAUACGCGAUUCUUUCGACGAAAAAUUCAUAACGACUUUAAACUUCGUAGCAGAAUUCGGAAUGAUUUGCUACAUGUUCGUACUCGGAAUGGAAAUGGAUCCAUAUGUAAUCUUUAGACCACCAACUCAACCUGCUAUAAUAGCCUAUGCAGGAAUGAUCUCCACAUUCAUAUUAGCUUCAAGCAUAACCCCAUUUAUGCAGUACACUAAACAACCGGACAUCGGCUUUACCCUUUCCCUCUCGAUCACACUCUCGGGCAGCGGCUCACAUAUUCUAACUCGGAUCAUUACCAAUCUCAAAAUCGGAAAAUCAGACAUCGGAAAGCUCGUUAUAGCAGCCGGAGUACAUUCCGAUAUGAUUACGAUGCUUUUGGUCUGUGUCGGUUUUCUUUUUAUUCCGCCGUCAAGCAGAGUUCAUGAUCCUUCAGCUAGACUUACGAAGGCGAUAACGAUGACUGCUGCAUUGAUACUUCAAACGAUUUUCGCUGCAAAAGUUUCACCGAUUUUUAUGAACUGGGUGAACAAUGAAAACCCUGAAGGCAAACCUAUGAAAGGCUCACAUUUAGUACUUUCCAUUGCUUUUAUGGUUAUGGUAUGUGCAGCCUCACCAAUUUACGGAUAUAACCCUAUUCUAAGUGCAUUCAUGGCUGGAAUAUUUCUGCCAUGUGAGGGUAGAGUGUCAAAAUGGGCAGUUGGUAAAAUUAAUUAUCUGUUGACAACUAUUUUUUAUCCACUUUUCUUCUUCUGGAUGGGCUAUCAUGCUAAUCUCCACAAAAUCGAUUUCUACAAUAUCGAAGGAUAUGAAAGAUUCGGGGUUCUUACAGGGAUAGCAUUGUUCGGAAAACUAGUCGGAACAGUCAUCUGCGGAGCGAUUCUGGGCUAUCAUUGGCGUGAAUCUGCUGAACUUGGAUUGCUUUUGACUGCAAAGGGUCAUUUCCAUGUGUUCUUGGCUAUUCUUGCGAGCACUUACGGAGUAACAGAAACUGAAAUCAGCUGUAUGAUGGUGGUUGUGAUAUUCUUUACUGUUGUACACACUCCAUCAAUUGUAAUGGAAAUCAUACAAAGAGCUAGAAAACUUGCACCGACGCAUCGAAGGGCGCUUCAAUGGCUUGAUCCUGCAAACGAGCUUCGAAUUCUGCUGUGCAUUCACGGACAUCAUAAUGUUGCUUCAUCUGUUAACUUCAUGGAGAUAUCUAAAGGCGCAUCCGACCCUGGAAUUCUCGUUUAUGUCACGGACAUGGUCGAACUGACCGAAGAAAUAGCUGCCACGUUGGUUCAGAACGACGGAAUGGACACGGUGACAGUGACUGAUAAACAAGUAACCGACAUGAGAGAUCAAAUCACUCGGUCCAUCCAAGUUUACGCUAAUGAAAAUGGUGACGGUAUCACUCUCAGAAGAAUGUUAGCUCUUUCAACCUUCAACGGUAUGGCACAGGAUAUCUGCAUUUUAGCAGAAGACUUGAUGAUCUCUUUAAUCAUAUUGCCGUUCCACAAGAACCAACGUUCCGAUGGAACAUUAGACGGUGGUCAUCCUGGAUUCAGAUACGUAAAUCGAAAGAUUCUUAGAAAUGCCCCUUGUUCAGUAGGCAUUCUAGUGGAUAGAGGUCUCGGAUUGGCUGAGAAAAUAUCAACUACGCCGAGAUCCUUCAAUGUAGCAGUCAUUUUCAUCGGCGGAAAAGACGACAGAGAAGCACUAGCAUAUGCAGGUCGUGUUGCUCGACAUCCGGGAGUGAAGCUGACAGUGAUAAGGUUCCUACUUGAUGACAAUUUAGAAAACAUCUCAAGAAGAACAGGUGGAUUUAGAAUAAACCAAGCUGAACAGGAAGCGGAAAUGAAGCUUGACGACGAGUGUUUCGCUCACUUCUACGAAAGAUAUGUGGCAGGCGGGCAUGUUUUGUACAUGGAGAAGCAUCUCGCUAAUUCUGCGGAGACGUAUUCAACGCUGAGAUCAUUUGAAGGGCAGUAUGCACUAAUAAUCGUGGGACGAGGAGGGAGGGUGAACUCGAUAUUGACAGUUGGGAUGAAUGAUUGGCAGCAAUGUCCGGAAUUAGGACCGAUAGGAGAUGUGCUUUCAGGAUCUGGUUUCUCGCAGAAGACGUCGGUUUUGAUCAUCCAACAACAUCACCUUAAAGGAGAUUUGGAGGGAGUGGAUGAUGAUUUCUCUAUAAUGUAAAUGUCUAGUGAGAUAGUUGGAAAUGUUAGGUAGACAACAAAAAAAACCAAAUUACAUGUACACUAUAGUUGGUUUGAAUAGAUAAUGCAAUUGAAGCUAAAGAUUUCACCUACCAA